AUGAGGAAUAUAUCCUCUAGGACUUCAACAAAAAGCAAGAGUAUACCUACACCGUGCUGUAGUAAGGUGGGCAUAAAGAAGGGGCCAUGGACACCAGAAGAGGAUGAGCUCUUGGCAAACUAUGUCAAGAAGGAAGGUGAAGGGCGGUGGCGUACGCUGCCAAAGCGGGCAGGACUUCUCAGGUGUGGUAAGAGCUGCCGCCUCCGAUGGAUGAACUAUCUCAGGCCUUCUGUUAAGAGAGGGCGUAUUGCCCCAGAUGAGGAAGAUCUCAUUCUUAGGCUUCAUAGGUUGCUUGGUAACAGGUGGUCUUUGAUAGCUGGAAGGAUACCUGGGCGCACUGACAAUGAGAUCAAGAAUUACUGGAAUACCUGUCUGAGCAAGAAGCUCAUUGGUCAAGGAAUAGAUCCUAGGACCCACAAGCCUUUAAACCCUAUCCCUAAUUCCUCAGAAAUUGCAAAUGCUCCAAUCCAAAACUCUAACCCUAGUUCUUUUCCGCUGGAAGAGGAUGGCAAGGUCUAUCGAGCUGUAGCCACUAGAGUUAGUGAAAACUUUACAGUGACUAACCUGGAUCAGUUUCCUAACCAGGUUGUUGGUGAUGCUACCAAGAAUCGGCCAAAUUGUGAUGGUUUUGAUAUGGGAUUACAAAGUGGUAAUGAAGAAGAUUUCAUUGGAAAUGGAAAUGACGACACUUUUUCUUCAUUUCUGGACUCUUUGCUCAAUGAAAACGUGUUCGUGUAUCAACAACAACAACAGUUACAGCAGCCAAAUAUGCUUGAACCUUCAUGUCAAACUAUGGUUUCUUCUUCACAGGUUUUCAAUCACGGCCACAUUUGGGAAACUGAAGUCACAUCGUCAAGGGCAGCCUUAGGUACUGACAACUGUGGGGCUUCAAAUGGUCGACCUGCUUGA